ACAAGCACAGACAUUCCCAUCUCAUCACUCAUCAGCACUCAGCAGCAUCCGCCGCCCCGUCAGACGGGUAAUCCCCAAAAUGCCCCUGGACCCCGACUCCUCGUCGCCGCCGGCGCCCGGGCCGCACCGCGACUGGUUCUUCCCGCCGGCGCCGCCCUUUCUCCCCUCCUCCAGAGCACGGACCCCCUUCCCCUCCACCACCUGGUCCUCCAAGCCAUACUCCCUCGCCGACCGCCGACCGCCCCCGACCCCUCGCUCCCGCUCCCGCUCCCCGCACCCGACGCCGGAGCAGCAGCAGCCACCGUCACCUCCGCUUCCGUCCGCGCCGCGCCGCCGCGACCCCCUCUACGCUGGCGUCCGCCGCGGCGAUGUCCUAAAGGCUGCCGCCGAGAAAGGGGCGCCUCAGGCGGCCGCGCCGGUACAUGGAAGGAAGGCGGCGGCUUCGGCGAUCACCCCACGAUGGUCGGGAAUGCUAUCCGCGGCGGCCAUUUUGCUGUGCUUAGCCUCCCUUCUCCGCAGGAACCUCUCAUUAUACGAUCAGGUUUACCAUUUGCAGGAACAGCUCGCUGUAGCUACUGCAAAACUGCAGUCGUGUAUUAUAGGCUCCUCAUUGGAUAUCAGCGACAUUAAUUUGCUGUAUCAGGAUGAUAACAAUACCAUGCAGAACAGAAGUCUGAAGAACUUUUCCUUGUUGAUCUCGCUUUCUAUACUAUAUGCGCCACUCCUCAUUCUCAAGUACAUAGACCUUGUGUCGAAGAUAAGGAGUUCAUAUGACUCUGAAGAGGUUCCCAUAAACAAGCGGUUGGCAUACAGAAUCGAUAUAUUUUUAUCACUUCAUCCGUAUGCUAAACCAUCGGUUCUACUUGUUGCUACAUUGUUACUUAUUGCUCUUGGAGGGCUGGCUCUGUAUGGUGUGACUGAUGAUAGCCUAUCUGAUUGUCUUUGGCUAUCCUGGACCUUCGUCGCUGACUCGGGCAACCAUGCCAAUGCCGUGGGUUUUGGACCCAAGCUGGUUUCAGUUUCGAUUAGUAUUGGUGGGAUGUUGGUUUUUGCCAUGAUGCUUGGUCUAGUCACCGAUUCAAUCUCAGAGAAGUUUGAUUCUUUGAGGAAAGGAAGAAGUGAGGUCAUAGAGCAAAGCCACACUCUGAUCCUUGGAUGGAGUGAUAAGUUGGGAUCUUUACUGAACCAAAUCGCUAUUGCUAAUGAAAGCUUGGGAGGUGGGACCAUCGUUGUGAUGUCCGAGAGAGACAAGGAGGAAAUGGAAGCAGACAUUGCUAAAAUGGAGUUUGACUUGAAAGGAACAGCUGUAAUAUGUAGAAGUGGAAGCCCUCUAAUUCUGGCUGACUUGAAAAAGGUCUCAGUUUCUAAGGCGCGUGCAAUUGUGGUUUUAGCUGAAGAAGGAAAUGCUGACCAGAGUGAUGCACGGGCACUGCGAACAGUCUUGAGUUUAACUGGAGUUAAAGAGGGACUAAGAGGUCACAUAAUAGUUGAGCUUAGUGAUCUUGACAACGAAGUUCUAGUCAAACUUGUUGGUGGAGAUCUUGUGGAAACCGUUGUUGCACAUGAUGUGAUUGGUCGGUUGAUGAUACAGUGUGCACGUCAGCCAGGCCUUGCUCAGAUAUGGGAAGAUAUUCUUGGCUUUGAGAACUGUGAAUUCUACAUUAAAAGAUGGCCUAAGUUGGAUGGAAUGCGAUUUGAAGAUGUGCUGAUUAGCUUUCCUGAUGCUGUUCCAUGUGGCAUAAAAGUGGCAUCUUACGGGGGCAAGAUUAUUUUAAACCCUGAUGACUGUUAUGUUUUGCAAGAGGGCGAUGAGGUGAUAGUAAUUGCAGAAGAUGAUGAUACAUAUGCCCCAGCACCGUUGCCCAAGGUUAAAGAUGCUGUUUACAUAGACAUUGUUCACCCUGAAAGAAAGCCUCAGAAGAUUCUUCUUUGUGGAUGGCGACGGGAUAUAGAUGAUAUGAUUGUGGUAAGCUCUUUCUUUGAAGCUUCUAAUUCCUUUUCUCUCUGUUUAAUUGCGCAGGUUAGGAGGGGCUAUCUUCCUAAAGAUUUUGUUGUUCCAAAGUCUCCAGAAAGAAUAUUGUUUUGUGGUUGGCGCCGUGAUAUGGAAGAUAUGAUAAUGGUACUUGAUGCUUUCCUUGCACCAGGAUCAGAGUUGUGGAUGUUUAAUGAUGUCCCUGAGGUUGACAGAAAAAGAAAGCUGACUGAUGGAGGUCUGGAUUUCAGUCGACUAGAAAAUAUUACUUUGGUUCAUCGUGAGGGAAAUGCUGUUAUUCGCCGUCACCUGGAGAGCCUCCCCUUAGAAUCAUUUGAUUCCAUCUUGAUUUUGGCAGACGAAUCUGUAGAAGAUUCAGCAAUCCAAGCUGACUCAAGGUCACUUGCAACGUUACUGCUGAUCAGAGAUAUUCAGGCAAAACGGCUUCCAUACAGGGAAGCGAUGAUUUCGCAUGUUCCCCCAGGGACCUUUUCUGAAGGUUCUUGGAUAGGGGAGAUGCAACAAGCAUCUGAUAAAUCUGUCAUAAUCAGUGAGAUUUUGGACCCUAGGACAAAAAAUUUGUUGUCAAUGUCAAAAAUUAGCGACUAUGUUCUUUCAAAUGAACUUGUGAGCAUGGCAUUGGCAAUGGUUGCAGAAGAUCGGCAAAUAAAUGAUGUCUUGGAGGAGCUCUUUGCUGAGGAGGGAAAUGAAAUGCAAAUACGACAAUCCGAUCUGUACCUUAGAGAAGAUGAGGAGUUAAAUUUUUUUGAGGUCAUUCUGCGUGCUAGACAGAGGAAAGAGAUUGUCAUUGGGUACCGUCUUGAGGGAGCUGAGCAUGCUAUAAUCAAUCCAACAGACAAAGUUUCACGGCGAAGGUGGUCACCCAAGGAUGUUUUUGUUGUUAUAGCUGAGAAAGAAUGAGUAGCAUCCAACCAUGAAUGACAUGAAAACAAGCUUCUGACCACACCUAAGGAAAAAAACAGACAGUAGUGCUGUAAGACAUCAACAAGAGCAGACAGCUGCUUCAUGCCAACACGCAUUUGGAAGACAGCAAGCACUGAGCGCGAAGGAGCAAAGCAUGACCAGAUUCUGGAUCAAUCUAGACUGAUACCUCGACUCCAUGUACAUAAACACAAAGAAUGCUGCAUUAUGGCUUAAAGGAUGAGAAUAGAGUGCACGACGCAAGCUUUGGAAUUUUGGAUUGAUUCAGUUCAUUGUAUAUUCUUGUCUAUGUAACUUUCGUAUACACAACGAGCAAAGCAUCAGCUAUGGUUAAGGGCGUAAGGAUCCUGAGUGUUGAUACUGAGCAGGAAAUCAAUUUUCCAUGAGGCUGUUUGUUUCUGUUAUACCCUGGCUAUAGAGUACUGACUGCAGUGUUUGUCAGACACAGCAGUUCUGUUACUUAGAGUGUUCAACGUUUGGUACAGUAUAAAUUGAGAAAACCAGUUGUCCUUAUAUCACAAACAAUUUUGCAAUGUUUCUUCAUAUACAUGAAUAGCAUAAGAAUAUAAGAUACCGCU